AUGAUAAGAUUGUUUUUUAUAUUUGCGUUGAUUGUAUUGGCGUUUUCAAAUUGUCCACUUAAUGAAAUUGAAGGAACUGAAUAUGUCUUAACUGCUAAUGAUGUGUGUGAAUAUGCAGAGUCGUUAACAAUCACAUCAAGUAAGUUACAAAUGACAACUGGCUCGACUUUGAAAACAGAAAAAAAUUUGGAACUUUCAGAAGGAUAUAUCACACUUGAAUCAAAUUGCGUUUUAAAUAUUACUGAAUUGCUAAAAAUGAACUAUGAAAGUAUGUGUAAUGCGACUGGUAAUUCAAUUAUAAAUACCAAUCAAUUGGAAAUUAGUUCAUCAACAAUAAAUCUUACAGAUACUUCUAUUGUAAAAACCAAUCAAUUGGAAAUUAGUUCAUCAACAAUAAAUCUUUCUGGAAAUUCCAUGCUGAGUUCUGUUGGCAAUGUUAACAUUGUAAUCUCUCUCUUUAAACUUUCCGAAAAUGCCCUCUUUUCAGUGCAAGGUAAUGUAACUUUAAGUGGUAGUACAUCUCCAAAUACACUUUCAGGAAAAUCAAAACUUGUAUGUUUAAAUAUGUUUUCCAAGACAGUUGGCAGUCAAAUUUCCAUCAAUGAAAAUUCACACGUUGAGUUGCUUGGUUCUUUUAUUUUCAAAUUGUCUCGAAAUAAUCUUCAGAUGUCGAGUUCAACACAACGAAUUAAUUUUGUAUCAAAAUCGUUUGAAUUGACAAGAGAAUUUGAUGCUGAUAAUCGAAGUACCAUUCAAACCAAAAAUCUCAUUUUAACAUUGACAAGCACAUUUAAAGUCUCCACAGAUAGAACAAUCAAAGAUCUUCCACUCUUUUUUGUAUCGAACACAACAUCAAUAACUGGGUUUAGUGGUUUUACACAUGAUUGUGAUUUCGACUUUUUGUACACAAACAACACUCUUGACACGACAUCAUACACAACCCCAUUCAAAGUACUUUUAGAUGGUCACCUAUUACGGUAUGGUACUUCAGAUAAGAUAUAUUGUCAUGUGAACCACACAGAAGACACACUAUAUCCAUAUUACAUCGAAAAUUAUUGCCCACUCACUGAUGCAUACAUCACACCAAUUGACACUUUUUAUCAAAUGAAAGUCAAAGUAGAUGCGCCAAAACAGAAUUCAAAUGUAAAAAAUGCAGAAAACGAAGUAAAUGUUAUUGUAAUUGGAAACGAAAAAUACGAUUUGUCACUCACCGAUUUUAUUGAGAUUGAGAUGGUGUCUGACAACCAAAUAGAUUUAGAUAAUUUCACAAUCACAAAAAACGUUUUUCUCGUUGCGGCGAAUGGGUUUGAAUACAACAACACGUCGUGCAAGUCGGGCUACUUCCAAAACGGCAUAUUCAUCUGUCAAAAUCAUAUACCAUGUUCUGAGGGUGGUAAAACGGCUGAAGGGAAAUGUGCAGCAUGUCAAGAUGUAAAUUGUGUGAUGUGUGAUGGUGACAAAGGCAAUUGUAUAAAAUGCAAAGAGAAUAUGACAUACAAUACCAAUACAAACAUAUGUGAAGAAUACACAAACUGUCUUUCAUUUACAAAAGACAAGUGUCUUCGAUGUAAUGAUGGCUUUGUAUUUGAAGGUAACAAUUGUGUUAAUAUCACUGAAGACAAUGGAAAUUGCCAGAUAAAAGUCGGCGUUCCAUCAGAGUGCAGAU